GCUGCAUGUUUUCAAGUUCACUCUGGAAGGAUAAGAUCGAAGUCGUUCCGCCGAGGUUAUAUCGAACACAUGAACCCGGACAGGACUCGCCUGUGUCAUCUUCUGGAGGGUUCUGGAGGGCUCAAACCCUCCAGUCUGAUACGGCUCUGGGCGAGAGGGGAAUUGGGGGAGGGUGCCCACAGUGGUCCACGCAAGUAUGCCGUCGCAGUCUAUAUCAGCACAUGCUCCGACUAGGAUAUCGAACGGCGCACUUGAUAGCCCGAAGAGGAGAUCCGAAACCCGGGAAGUUCCGAUGCGUGUUGCGUUUAGUGCACAGGAGAGCCAAGUAUCAAGUAUGCUGGCAUGGACAUGGGAGGCGAAGAAGCUAUUCUGGUCAGAACGGGAACGUCCCAGGCAGUUACACUACUUCUAGUAUAGAACUCGUAAGGCCCACCAAGCAUUACCAGCAUUCAUAGCAUCACAGUAUAUACAGAACGAAUCCAUGGCUACUUAUAGAGGACACGCCGCAUACAUCAUGACAUAUGUAUCAUAAGAGAGAACAGCAAAAAUCACAACAACCCCUGACGCUCACUCUUCUCCGCCCCAACCCAGCCUGCACCAGCCAACGUGCGCCGUAUGGUGCGGGGUAGUACAAGCGGAAUAGAGCCCCCAAUCUUCUCGGUGGAUGAUCCCGAGGCCGCCCGGUCGCGCCUAGGCGGUGGAAUCGGAGGCGCGCUGCGCGGCGGAUCGAGGCGCCGCUGGGCGAGCGGAUAUCGCUGCCCCUCGAAGGUCCCGACGGGCGAGACGGGCGACGCGGGGAGGCUAUCGAACGGGGACCGGAAGGAGAUCGAGGAGGAAGACGGAGAGUGGUUGGAGAGGAAUGCAGCGGCGUCGAUUCCAGCCGCGGAAUCGUCAAACGGCGAGGCAGACUCUUGCACCGGUCUUUUGGGUAGAGGAAACGGAUUGACCAGGGCUGCGCUGGUCGCCCUCCUCGGCGGUAAGGGCGGUUUCGGUGCCUUAGUCUGAGCGCGAAAGGGAUUCGACGUCGAUCGCCCCAGUGUCGAUGUAGGGGUAGUUGCGUUGGCGACGGGAGGCGCAGUAGGGACGUCAAAGACAGACGUGAAGGGCGAGUUGGGCGCCGUCAGCGUGCGAUGCAGAGCUGUCGUCGAUGUCGACGGUGACAGUUUGCUACUCGGAGAUCGACGGAGUGGAUGAACUGGGGGAGGUGGAGAAUGGGUCGCGCGUGAGGGGAGUGGCGGCGGCCCUCGGCCAGGGGCGCGCGCUGGCUGACCGGAAGAUAACGCGCUCAAGGCUGAUAACGAUACCGAGUGCCCAUGGGACCGUUUCACAUUCGAAGAGGCGGACGACGACGAGUUCGAGCCAAAUGAGGAACCAGUGGUGUGAGCCUGGCCUCGGCUAUGCGUCGACGACUGCGACGAACUGGACGAAGCGGACGAGUAGGUACCCGAACGAGUGUCCCGGGGUUGAAGCGGAUGGUGUGGAGAGGUUGGGGACGGUGCCGGCGUCGGGAGGAAGGGAUUACUUGUGGCCGCUGUCGCGAUCGAAUGGGUUGGGGCCGGAGCUGAAAAAUAUGAUCAGGCACACUCAGGAGAGAAGCAACGCGUCCGGAAGAAGAUCAACAAAGCGCAUUGAUGAUCACCGACGGACAUGGCGACGUUAACGCGGCGCCGACUGAACUGGCUCCGGACGUUGCCCGGACGUGCAAAACAACACGCGCAGGUCCAUAGCGGCACACGAGGCGGGGAUAAGAUCGAUAGCCUUGAGCCACGAGGACAUCCCGGUCAUGCGUCGGCAAAGAACCCCGACGCCUCGCGUCAAAUGAAAUACAUGUCGGCAUCUCAGCAGCAGGACGAAUCGAUAGCGCGGCACCCAAGACCGUGCAGUUCCCAAUCGCCCAUGUUCGCCCAUGUUCCCCACGCUCCCCGCGCUCCACAUAGAGAUGGAUACUCCGAUGGAAAUGACGUUGUGGCUCACCUUGCACGAACGCCAGCGCGCGACUCACACCGCGUCCGGUCUGCGCAUGAAGCACCAGUCUAAGCACCGCGAAAAACUCGCAGCCUGUGACCAUCGGGCCCGAUGGGAAAAGACGGAGGAUCUGGGGUAGGCGUUAGGCCGGAGAACAGGAAAGAGGGCGCGGCAGAUGGACGUACUUCAUCGACCAGGCCAGUUCCCAAGUCGGGAUACCUCCCUCGGAUCCAUGCCCUGACUUCCCUCAAGCUUACCUCCACGCUGUCCCAAUCGGGCUCCUCCGCCACGGCGUACGGGGUGUCGGUGAGGUCUGCGAGGCUGUGCGUGAAUAGCGCGUGUUCCGCGUCGCUGAGCGCGGAUGGGUGUAGAGAGAGCCGACGUGGCGAGUGCGCCAUAGAUGGAGGGGGGAGAAGAGGCGAACGAGCCGUCUAGUGGGAAGCGAGAUGGAGUAUGGGAAGCAGCGUGGGAUCUUUUGAUGCGUGAUGGGCGGGAAUCUCAGCGCGCUACCGCGAGUCAUGGAAUUCUGAUGCGUACCCACUGGCGUCGGCCUCGUGUCUGUCGCGCGCCGCGGGUCCGCGUCGCGUUCCGGUUUGUUUCGAUUCGUGGAAACCUUCGAAACGACAAACCUUCGAUCGCGUCCCUCCCGGCUCUUCCUCGGCCCGGAUUCAUCAUAUGCAUCAUGUCUCCAUUUUCGUCAUAUCAGUUUUGUAUUCCCUUUGAUGUGGCCGCGCUAGUGCUCGUUGCACGGACCAAGCUCCUCACUACGACAUUCCACGCGCCCCAAUGAAGAGGGUCUCCACAUCUUCUGCGGGUGCAUGUAGAACCGCGUCCCGGCCGGUUCUCGCUUGCUUUAGUUAGCUCCAGGUCCGCCUGCCAUUCAAUGCGUCAUCACUGCGUCACGAUGAAUCACAAAGUGCCCCUGUUCCAUACAGCCAUUCACGUUCGUCGAUGCGCCCCUUUACACACGAUGACAUUGGGGCUAUUAAAGAGCGGCCGCCUACCUGACACCUACCCACAUCGCACCUUUCUGCAUCCCCACCAUGGACAACUACGACAACAACAACAACGACAACAGCAGCUACGGCUCGCGCAACCAGAGCUCGAGUGCGUUUGCUGCAGGCGCCAUGCUCGCCCGUCGGACUUACCCCGCACAGACAACUAUGGUUCGAACAACAACGACAGCUACGGCUCGUCGAACAAUAACGACGGCUACGGCUCGUCGAACAACAACAACAGCUACGGCUCGUCCAAUAACGACAGCUAUGGCUCGUCGAACAAGGACUCGUACGGGUCGUCCAACAACGACAACUACGGUUCGAACAAUAACAACGACUCGUAUGGCUCGUCCAACAAGGACUCUUACGGCUCGUCCAACAACGACAACUUCGGUUCCACCCGGAACAAUGACACCUAUGGCUCGUCCAACAACACUGACAGCUACAGUUCGCGGAACCAGGAUUCGUCGAACACUUAUGGUUCUUCGAACAACGACAGCUACGGCUCGACUAACCGGGACACCGACAACAGCUACGGUUCUUCGAACAACGACUCGUACGGAUCUUCGAACAACAAGACGUACGGCUCCUCGACCAACACCGAUAGCUACGGUUCUUCGGACCGCGACAACAACUACGGGUCGUCGAACACUGACAACUACGGCUCAUCGGGCAACGACAACUACGGCUCGAGCGGCAAGGCGUCGAUGGGCGACAAGCUCAAGGGCACGGCGGAGAAACUCGCCGGCAAGCUGAUGGGUAAUGAGUCAAUGCAGCAGCGUGGCCAGGAUCGUAAGAACAACGAGUUCGGCAGCGACAACUACGGGAGCAACAACAACAACGAUUACUAAAUGGGAACUGUGAAUGGACAGUAGCAACAAUUCGAAGAAUCGCAUGUAACUUUAUUGUGAAAUUUCGUUUAUCAGUCGAUCCUGCAUAUCAAAUUACGGGAAGCGCAUUUGAAAAUCUCCAUCGUAAUGAUGUCGUAGUUUCAAGUCUGACAUCAGACAUGUUCAUGAAUGGCGAUUGCUCGGGCGUGCCGCAG